ACUACCAUCGAAAGAUCACCGCGAACACCCGUAAUCAAAUGUGUAAGUUGUGUAACUCUCGUUAGGUUCGGUGAAACAUCAAAGGAAAAACUCACAGAAACUACAACACCCCUAACCUAAUUCACCAUGAAUUCUUGUCUCCUCGCAUCUUCAUUACAACCUUUCCCACACACAACUACUAAAUCUUUCAAUCUUCUUCUCACACUUAGAAGAACAAAACAACGCCAUUUUCUUUUCAUCUCUUCUAAAUUCAACUCGCCCAAAUUCAUUUCAUCAUCUUCUUCCUCUAAUGGAUCAAAUAUUCCUUCAAAUCAAGCUAUUAUUCAAAACGAUAUCUUUCAUAGUGAAGUCACAAACCCUCAACUUAAUUCUUCUAACCCCAAGCUUAGCUUCGGUGACCAAGCUUUUUUUCUCCUCGCAUUCAUCGCCUGCACGACUUCAGCGGCAUUUGCUGGCCUUGUUUUUGCUGCUGUUCCCACCCUAUUUGCAAUGAGAAAUGCUGCAAUAUCAUUUUCAAAGUUAGCUGAUACAGCUCGUGAGGAACUCCCGAGCACCAUGACUGCUGUUAGGCUUUCGGGGAUGGAAAUAAGUGAUCUGACACUAGAAUUAAGUGAUCUAAGCCAGGAAAUAACAGAUGGAAUCAGCAAGUCAGCUCAAGCUUUGCAAGCAGCAGAAACUGGAAUUCGACAGAUCGGAUCAGUGGCACAACAACACACAAUAUCCAUGAUUGAAGAGAGAGCGAAUUUGCCUGAAAUAUCUCUGCAACCUGUUGUUGCUGGAGCUGCAAGAAAGACUUCUAGAGCAGUUGGCCGAGCCACAAAGAGCUUGAUGAACAUGAUUUCAGGAAGACAAAGCACGACAGAAAAUGAUGAUGACAUAACUUACAUAUGAGAAAUCUGAUGAGCUCAAUUAAAUUAGUUCAGCUGUGUGCAUAUUUAAUUUAAUGUAGUGUGGGAAGGUACUUGAGAGUUGAUGUCAAAAUUUGAAUAUAAUAAUGUAAAGGGAUGAGCUUGUUAUGUAGCUUAAAUAAUACUAUGAGAAUUGUUACAUGAAAAUGCAGUGGCUCUUUGAGUAUAACCACAACCUACAAGUCAAUUUUUGAGUCUCCCUCGUCACAUUGUAAAUCUGGAGCAUCUAAUAUGAAGCUUGAUCCCCAAUAAUUUUUGCCA